UUGCCUCCGGACUUCUCUGGGGCCAGCAGCCGGCCGACCUGGGGCCCGGGGCCGCGGGCUCAGCCGACUACCAUGGGCUCUGUGUCAAACCAGCAGUUUGCAGGUGGCGGCGCCAAGGCGCCGGAGGAGGCGCAGGAGGACGCGGCCCGGGCGGCCGAGGAGCCGCAGCUGCUGCACGGCGCCGGCAUCUGUAAGUGGUUCAACGUGCGCAUGGGAUUCGGCUUCCUGUCCAUGACUGCCCGCGCCGGGGUCGCACUCGACCCCCCGGUGGAUGUCUUUGUGCACCAGAGUAAGCUGCACAUGGAGGGCUUCCGGAGCCUGAAGGAAGGUGAGGCCGUAGAGUUCACCUUUAAGAAGUCUGCUAAGGGCCUGGAAUCUAUCCGAGUCACCGGCCCUGGUGGGGUGUUCUGUAUUGGGAGUGAGAGGCGGCCCAAAGGGAAGAACAUGCAGAAACGCAGAUCAAAGGGAGACAGGUGCUACAACUGUGGAGGUCUAGACCAUCAUGCCAAGGAAUGCAAACUGCCACCCCAGCCCAAGAAGUGCCACUUCUGCCAGAGCAUCAACCAUAUGGUAGCCUCGUGUCCACUGAAGGCCCAGCAAGCUCCCAGCUCACAGGGAAAGCCAGCCUACUUUCGGGAGGAGGAAGAAGAGAUCCAUAGCCCUGCCAUGCUCCCAGAGGCCCAGAAUUGAGCCACAGUGGGUGGGGGCUAUCCGUUUGUGAUCAGAAAGUUUUGAGGAACAGGAAUCAAUCGGCAGAGCGGAGAAAGUG